ACACCUUGCUGCUGCAGCCUCCACGGCUAAUCAACAAAUGUGCCAUCAAUCCUUCAUCUUGCGUGCCCCGAGUGCCUUUAAUGCACAGUUACUCCUAAUGUGACAUUCGUUGCUGACUGCUGAUCAUUUUCGGAGAUGGUUCCUGAUUGACACUGACGCGGUUCAUGCCGAACCACUUAGAAUGAACACCUGGAGCUUGAAGAAAGGGAUGCGGUAAAAAUUUCCCUGUGGUAUCCUCUGUAUUUCCCCGCGUAUACAGGUCCAACGUUAGAAGGGAAGGAGGGGUAGGAAAUUAAAUACGGAAAUAAAAUUCACUGGGGCCAAAUGAUCCCAAUGCAAGCGGGUAUAAAGUGUGAAUUAUACCUCCCCUCUCAUACCUUUCUUCUUCAGCCCAGCUUGUGUUUUUUCGCUCUCCUUUCUUGCAAUCGUAGGCUUCCGUUGGUAGACAAUUAAUAGUUCUUUAUCUCCCGAGACGCACUCCGAGUUCACCAUGAAGCUCAGUUUCCUCCUAACUGUUCUCUCUGCCAGUCUCGUUGCAGCUGCGCCCAUUUCCACCGGACCUGUCGAUCACAAUGAAAAGAGAAACACUCCCCUCAACACUAUACUCACCAUAAUCCUGAAUCAUCUUCCAGCAGUCAAUGGUGCCAUUGGGGCUGUUGAAAGUGUCAUCACUAACUUCCAGGAACUCGUCUCAAAUCUCACUGGAAUCAGCGACACUUACAAUGAGUUAGGCGGUGCUUGCACUGACUAUACGGUCAUUUUCGCCCGCGGAACAGAUGAUCCAGGAAACACAGGUGUCAUCACGGGGCCGCCAUUCUUCAUGGCUUUACAAUCUCUUGUAGGAUCUUCUAAGGUCACUAUUCAGGGUGUGAAUAACUAUGCUGCGAGCGUAGCAACAUUCCUUGCUGGUGGUGAUCCUGUUGGAAGUGCUUCCAUGUAUGUGACCCCAUUUCAUAUCUUGAAGAACACUUGCCAUUACAAAUUUCGAUACCAAGGAUCGGUGACUUGCAACCUCAUGAUCAAAUAUCUGACAUUGAUACAGGGCAUCUGAAAUCCAAGCAGCGCAUGCAGCAUGCCCGAAUACACACCUCGUCGCAUCUGGUUACUCCCAAGGAGGACAAGUCGUGCAUAACGCACUUGCAUUACUUCCUGCAGCAACCGCAAGCUGGAUCAGCUCUGUUGUAAUUUUUGGUGAUCCAUGUAUGUGAAUUUCUCAAUAUCCCUAUCUCUCGAUACUCAUGAGAUGCGGAAAAGUUACUAACAGGUAAACAAUCAGUGGAUGGUCAAGCAAUCCCGAACGUCGCUGCUUCAAAAGUCGACACCGUUUGUCACACAGGUGAUAAUAUCUGCCAAGCUGGAGAUAUAAUUCUACCAGCUCACCUUACCUAUGGAGAAAAUGCCGCUGCUGCGGCCGCAUUUGUGGUUGCUGCCGCUAAAUAAAUUGCGGUGCUGUACAAGCCACACAGUUUUGACGACGUUUGAUGACGAUGACGAUGAUUAUAACGACGACGAUGAUGAUAGGAUACCCCUAGUACGGAGAUUUGAGAGAUUUGAGAGAUGCAGGGUUCUGGUUGGAGUUCUAAACGAAGCUAAUUGAGACACUAAUGAAGGGUUGGAUGUGUGUUGGAAAAGCCGAAGAUAUCAGCAGCGCUUUUGAGGGAUAAUGAUAAUUUGGCAUUGAUAUCUCUUUUGCUUCAAUGCCUGAAGUUUCUCGUCAAACCUAGUCGCGCAGAUUUAUAA